UAUUAAUUUAUUGUUAGCAUUGGGAAUGGCUUGCUUAGCUUCUCCUUAUAAUACUAUAAUGAGUCCAUGACCUUGAAAACUGGGGGUAUUACAGAGGGUUGAUAUUCCUUUUGUUGCUAAUCUACAAAGAUAAACUUUAAAUAGACCAAAUUGAUCCAUAAAGUCAAAAGAUAUGGUUGCUGCUCUAGCAAGGUUCGUUCUGCUUUCAUAAAGAAUUGCUGGGAUCUGCUUCUCUUGGACUAGUAAAUACCCAUGUGCAGCUGCUGAUAAGGAAAAUAGUUCUGAGAAGUAAACCUUUCUUUCGUAUAACUACUCAAAGAAUCUCAUCGGAUAUCUUGAUAGUUUUUUCUCUAAAUAUUCUUUCUUUCACAUUGAGAUCAGAGUUCUGUGUUUUUCACCUGUUAUAGCAUAGAUUUCUUUAAUCAUGCUCAUUUCAAUUUACUUUUGAUCUUCUAUUAUCUAAAUUUUCAUGGCAAAGGAUCAAGUUACCAUUUUCAGUUUUCGUCGACUCUGCUUUACCAUCUUCUUGCUUUCUGCGUUUUCAUUCAUCCCAUUUAUCUAUUGGUGUCAUGGCUAUGGCCCAUGCUAUUCUCUCUACCAGAAAAUGGAGAAGAAGCAAAACCAACCUAUUCACCUUCUUACUUUCCCUUAUGCUUGGAAUCAUCUUUCUUUCACCCCAAAUCAGCCUUCAAAGGUUCUUAAAAUUGCUCUCUUUGUCAAGAAGUGGCCUCAGAGAUCUCAUGCUGGAGGGCUCGAACGGCAUGCGCUGACCCUCCACUUGGGACUUGCCAAAAGAGGCCAUGAGCUUCACAUCUUCACCACUUAUCCCUCGAAUUCCUCCUUUCCGAGAUACCCAAUAGCCAACUUACACUUUCACCUCUCAAAACCAACAGAUGGUGGUUAUCUGGAGCAAGCUUUAGUCUGGAAGCAAUUUCAAACUCAAAAUUCAACUGGAAGGCCUUUUGAUGUCGUUCAUACUGAAAGUGUUGGCCUUUUGCAUACUCGCUCUCGUAACAUAACUAACCUGGCUGUCUCUUGGCAUGGGAUUGCAUAUGAAACCAUUCAUUCUGACAUCAUUCAAGAACUUUUGCGGCGACCUGAAGAACCACAGGCAUAUGCUUUGACUGAGAGAGCUUUAAGGGUUGUUAAAGAGGUUAGAUUCUUCCCUGCCUAUGCUCACCAUGUUGCUACUAGUGACCAUGCUGGAGAUAUCCUUAAGAGGAUUUAUAUGAUCCCAGAAGAUAGAGUUCACAUUAUUCUUAAUGGUGUUGAUGAGGAAACUUUUAAACCAGAUAUUGCCAGAGGGAAGGAAUUCAAGCGAAAGUUUGGUGUCCUUCAAUCCAGGACAUUGGUUUUGGGAAUGGCUGGGAGGUUGGUGAAGGACAAAGGACACCCAUUAAUGUUUGAAGCUUUGAAACAAUUGCUCAUAGAAAAUGAUACAUUUAGGGGGAGUAUUGUUGUUCUGGUUGCUGGGGAUGGUCCUUGGGGAGCUAGAUAUAGAGAACUCGGUGCAAACAUAAUUGUUUUGGGGCCAUUGGAACAAGCUCAACUGGCAGAUUUCUAUAAUGCAAUAGAUAUUUUCAUGAACCCAACUCUUCGAGCUCAGGGUUUGGAUCAUACUUUGUUGGAAGCAAUACUCUGUGGUAAGCCAGUAAUGGCAACGAGGCUUGCUAGCAUUACAAGGUCUGUAAUUGUUGACACUGAAAUGGGUUAUACCUUCUCGCCCACAAUAGCUUCAUUAAAGAAGAUUCUUUGUAAAGUUUUGGAUGAUGGAAAAGAAGCUUUGCAACGAAAAGGCCAGGCAGCUAGGCAGAGAGGUUUGCGAUUGUUCACUGCCACCAAAAUGGUGGCAGCUUACGAAAGGCUUUUCCUUUGUAUAUCAGAAGACAAGAACAAUGCGGAUGGUUACUGUCAUCACCAAGCUCCAUUAAACUACCAUAGCAGAUUAUCUCAGAUUUAAGUUUGGGUUAGCUAGGAUUAAAACAUCUUUCAAGUUCCCGCUCCACCAGGGAAAUUGAAUCAAGGGUAAGCAUCUCCUUUUAAUGCUGGACAAUCGGAAGCUUCAACAAAGUUCUCUAUUAUCAUCUAUCCAGGGCUGGUUGUGCCUGUGGAACUCCAUGUCCCAAUGACUGACAAGGGCAGGGUGUGAAUGAAGCUUUAUUUUGGAGAAAUUUUAGCCUGAAAUUCUUGAGCAUUAGCUGCAUGAAAUGACUAAUAAAGGCACCAAGCUGUUACUCGUUUUGGUUAAACAUUUCCAGACAAUUGCAGAACACAUUGAUUUGGUUGAUUAAUCCAUGGGCAGCUGAUCUGAAGGUACCCUAGCUAAAUCGUUGUUGUUCUCUGCUCGGUUAAACAAUAUACUUUUCAGUUGUGCCACAUCUAAUUUUUCUUUGCCCUUUCGGACUACCUCAUCUGAUUUGCAUUUUCUUGAAUGUAUUAUGGUUUGUGGUCUUGGAAAAAAGUCCUCUUAAUAUAAGAUCUUGAGCAUUUGCAUGUUUAAUCCUCUUGAAUGGCAUUGCUUAUAAAAAUUCUCUGUCAUUGAAAGCAUCAUUGCCUCUUAGAGACAUGCAUACAGAAGAGAAGGCUGAUGUCUUCAUUUCAUUGUCAUGCAAACAGCUUCUAACUACACAUAAAAACUUAGGCUAGUGGAGAAUCUUAGUGAACUUUACACAACCUCUCAACUAGGUUUGAUGUGAAACUCCUUAUAGAAGCUCUGCUCACUUCAUCUGCUUAUUAUGCUACACAUCUUCAUACUUAAGCAUUAUCUGCCUGCAUGAACUACUUAUUUAUAUUGCAUAUUUUCUGCACUUCCUCACGAGGCUUCA